CUCGACGCCAUUCCAUUAAUCAACUCACUGACGGCAAAUUUGUCGUCCAGAGUUUUAAAAUAAAUUCCCAGAGGGGAUAAAUGGUUAAAAAUAUGCUAUAAUUUUAACGAUAAGCAUAAGUCAUCGAGUCCUACGUUAAGUUAUGUACUUGAUUUUUUUAAGAAAAUCGGUAAAAAACAUGUCUGACACGUCUAUUGCCAGUUCCCCGUUAUGAUCCCCUUCCCACUUCCGGGUCAUCCGGAACACGCGCUGCGCAACUAUAUGGCCGGCGCAAUCGCCUCGCUCCCCAUUCAAGAAGGGGACCCAGUCAAACGGUUGAAGGCGUGUGACAAAGACGUCGCCGUUAUGAAGCGGUCGACCUUUCCGCUUUUAAAUAAAAUGGGACUCAAGCUGAUCGGAUCUCUUCCCGUGGCGUUGAUGAGGUUCGUCUCCAGAAAUUGGAUCACUUCAGCCUGGUUGACGAGUUUCCCGGCUGGAAAGGUUGAACUGAACGUGGAUUCUGUUCCGAUGUGGAGGAUGCAAUUUGGCGUUGGGUUGUAUGUCGGACCUACUGGCCUUGGCUUCAGCGUGAUUACGUAUCGGGACGAGUUCAACGUCUCGGUCACCGGGGAUGGAACGCUAUUCAGUGGGAGCGAUAUGGCUGAAAUGGCUCACCAUUUAGAAGAGCAGAUUAAUAUUCUGUACUCGAAAAUUGUUCCAGUGUAAGGACAAGAAGAUUUAGAGGUUGAUGGGAUGAUGGGAUGAUAUCAUAAAUCAAGAGUGGUAUUUACAUAGUUUAUCGGGAUCAAAGUUUGAUUUUGAUUUUUUGUUACAAAAACCGAGUCAUGUACAAAAAGCAAGACAGUAUUUUCCAGUCCAGAAACCUGUUAACCAACGAAACCGAACUAGAUAAUUGCUCUCUCCAGAAUUUGUAUUACAUCAUUUUAAACAUCGAGAUUGAUUCUUGGACUUAAUAAAAAACUACGAAAUCUUCAAUAUUA